AUGGCCACCUGCGCGGCGACACCGUCAACACCAACUCGCCGCCCGCAGCUCUCAUUGAAUGAGGAGGUUCUGCAGGCGGCGCCUGGUGAGGUUUUCUGCGCAGGGCAUACGACACCGGCCAAUCACGUCCGCCCUAACCUGGGCCUCAGCGUGUGGACAGGCACACCGAGUUUCCGUGGUAGCGGCGUAGCCAGCCACGCCGUGGUCAUGCAGCCGACCGUCGCUCGCGCGGCCACGGCAGAGCCUUCUUCGCGCCCGGAAUUGAGUGUGGCCACCUCGGACCGUGAGCCGACGCCUCCUGUUCUUCCGUCGCCUACAAAUGCACAGCGUCAGCCCAUGAUGGCCCGAAGUAGCCGAAGCCAUCGGGCAGUGGUCCAAGCAGCGAAUUGGGGGGCUGAGGUGUCGGCGGCCAUGGCCAACACUCUGCCUAUGCGGCCAGCCACUGCUCCAAUGGCUCCCGUUUCGCCCACGCUCGUGCCUGCGGCCCCACCACCAAGCAGGGCCUCGGGGGGCUACGCGGCAGUGCCCUCUCUUGACCUAGAGGCUGAGCGGGUUCCUACGGCUCCACGGCUGGACACCCCGACAAACUCCCAGCGCCAGGUGAUGAUGUCCAGGAGCAACCGAAGUGUGCGAAAUCGAGUGAUGACCACUAGCAAAGCAGAGGUCGAAGCGGUGCCCCCGCUGUCUGCAUCCUUGACGCCGGGGAUGACGCCGGUCGCGUUGCAUGCGGGUGCAACGCCCAAACCCCGUGGAUUGAU